GCUUUGGAUGCAAGGAUUGGCCAUCCAUCAUAACAACAUCAUAGUUUAAACUAUGUUUUUAGGCUAUACAGUCUUUGUUUACAUUUACUUUGUUUACAAACAUUGGAGUAAAACAAGCUUAAACAUUUCAAGAAUCAAUGGGUACGUAUUAUAAAUGUAUAAGUAAAAAAAAUCGAUGUAGCAACUGCAGAUUGCCCCUAAUCACCUUUUUUUUCUGAAAGUCACAUUUCAAGGCUGUAAACAUAUUAUGAUCAUUAUAUUCACACUUUUUUCUAUCUACAAUAAGUUUCAAUGAUUCAAUCAUCGAUGUUGCAUUCUCUCGCUGCCUAUUAUGCUGCUGAUUAGCGACAUUUGCAUUUGGAUGCUCCCCACUGUCAAUCCCGUUUACUUCCAGGGACGAAAAAAAGUAACGUUUUAACUGCGGCAGAGAGGGACUUCAGACUAUUUUUGCAUUGGCUUAUAUCAAUUGUGUAUAUUUUCAUAUACCGAUGUCACUCGUGAGGACCAUUACCGUAAGCCUACAGCUGUUACAACGUCAUUAAGAUAGUCUCGUGUGGACACGGUGGACUAGAGUCUACUAAACGGACCACGACCGAGGCGCGCGCACAGUAGCAGGCUGAAGACGCAGUCUACUUCGCCCUGAUGUUUGAGUGACUGAGUGACUGCUGUAAAAAGGAGGAAGAAUAAAGGCAACGGAAAUCUUAAAUGAACUAGUUCCUCCUCUUCUGAAGUGUUGGGAAUAGCCAAACUUCCUGCAGCCGCCACCAUGAACCUCUCCAACGAGACGACUCCACAGUGCUUCUCCAUCAACAAUCCCCCCUUCAACUUCCCCCACACCAUUGCUUCCAUCUACUUCUCCACUGUGUUCAGCCCUCUGGGCCUCACCUUCAACCUCAUCGCCUUUGUGGUCCUCCUCAAGUCCUUCCAGCGCACGCACAGCCGCUCGCGCUCCUCCUUUCUCGUCUUCCUCUGCGGCCUGGUGGUCACCGACUUCAUGGGCCUCCUGGUCACCGGCAUUAUCGUGAUCACCUUCCACUUCACCCAGUUCAACUGGCGCCGCCUGGACCCGCACUGCCACUUCUGCAACUACAUGGGCAUGUCCAUGGUCUUCUACGGCCUGUGCCCACUGCUGCUGGGCGCCACCAUGGCUGUGGAGCGCUUCGUGGGCAUCAACCGGCCGUUCGCCCGCUCGACCAGCAUGACCAAGUCGCGGGCCGUGUGCAUAGUGCUGAUGGUGUGGGCGGUAGCGGGAUGCAUCUCACUACUGCCCCUGGUGGGUGUGGGGAGCUACCACAUGCAGAUACCAGGCUCCUGGUGCUUCUUCAACAUUAGCUCUAAGGCUAGCGACAUGGUCUUCUGUCUACUCUUCUCUCUGGUCGGGCUGCUGUCCAUAGCCGUGUCCUUCCUGCUCAACACGGUGAGCGUGGUGACCCUGGUCAAGGUGUGCUGCGGCCAGGACAGCAUGCAGCGUCGCCGCGACUACGAGGUGGAGAUGAUGGUGCAGCUCAUCUGGAUCAUGAUGAUCGCUACCAUCUGCUGGUGCCCCCUGCUGGUGUUUAUUGCGCAGACUGUGUUGUCAGAGAGCCCACUUCAGGUCCGCAACCUGCUGCUCUUCAUCCGUUUCGCCACCUGGAACCAGAUCCUGGACCCCUGGGUGUACAUCCUGUUUCGGCGCGCCGUCCUUAAGCGCCUCUACCCCAACUGGGACUGGUCCCGGGGCUCCAUAAGGACCCUGUACCCGGCCUCCUUCGUCGGCACCAUCCGCCGGUUCACCCGUUCUUCCCUGGGCAGUGAUGUCCUGGGGGGUGGCGAAAGGCGCGUGUCAGUUGAGACCCAGUCAUUUAACGUGAAGGCUCCACCUUCAUCGCCUUGACUGUUUCCUGUUGUUGUGCAUUGGUACUCCUCCUCGUCAGUGACAUUUUUAUUUAUAUGUUUUUAGGUGCUGUUUAAACAGUUCUAAAAAGAGACUGAACAUGGAUACGGCUGUGGCAUUCCACUGGGCACAAACAGGUUGAAUAAACGUAUUGUGACGUGGAAUAUAUACAUUGGAAUUGAAAAAAUGUCAAAUGUUUUUUUUUCAACCACAAGGUUAUGUUGUCAUUGUAACCAAUUUUCAACAUAGAGAAACCUUGUAUGAAAUAUGUUGCAUUUGUAUCUUUGAAACAAUGGCAGAACCUCAACGUUAUAUCCACUAUCAGAAGAAGAAGAAAAAACAACAGGCUGAGCAGCACCUCCUACUGGAGAGAUGAUCUAUCUACAACUAUAAAUGUAGUUUCCCAUCCAGGGUUUCCACCAAGCUCAGCCCUACUUAGUUGUUAUGUACUAUGUCACUGACUACUACCAAUGUGCUACUGUGAGAAUGAUUAUUGAGAGAUCUCUUUAAAACUAAAUAUAUUCACUGUUGCUAUCAAAGUAUUUCCAAAGGGAAGGUUUAACAGUGCAAAUGAAAUGUAACCAUACUUUAUAAGUCAUGUAUCAUCAAUUAUACUAUUUAGGCCUAUAUAGUAUUUGCAAAGUCAUCAACAGCUAUUGUUUCAAUUCAACCAUGGUAAAAAAAUAUAUAGAAACUGGGUGGUUCGAGCCCUGAAUGCUGAUUGAUUGACAGCCGUGACCUUAUACCACGGGUAUGACAAAAUAUUCAUUUUAACUGCUUUAAUUACAUUGGCAACCAGUUUAUAAUCGCAAUAAGGCACCUCAGGGGUUUGUGGUAUAUGGCCAAUAUACCACAGCUUAGAGCUGUAUCCGGACACACGUUGCGUGGUGUGUAAGAAUAGCCCUGUAUUGCUUAAAUAGACAAUACAUAUAGGCUUAGGGUUUCAAGCUUUGGUUCAUUUCAAAUGUACUUUUCAAGGUAAUUAUUAAUAUGUUGUAUUCAUGUUUCCAUCUCAACCAAAAAUGUAAGUUAAAGAAUAUGGACUAAAUUUAAAUCAAAGUUUAUUUAAUGUGCAUUUAAAGUUUGAUUUGAUUUAAUUUAGUCCUAUUCUUUAAGUUAGAUUUUUGUUUGAGAUGGAGACGUGAAUCCAACAAUUAAUUUGUAGACAAACUGAGUGUUGAAUUGGGUUUGACUGUGUACGCAGGUAAAUAUCACCAUAGAUAUUCUGUUUGGAAGAUAUAGUCCUGAAACAAAUCUUGGGUUGCUAGAGACGCGACCCAGUAGUUCAGUCUUUUUGUUCUGUAUCUAUGGACGCGACCCAGUCAUUCAGUCUUUUUGUUCUGUAUCUAUGGACGCGACUCAGUCAUUCAGUCUUUUUGUUCUGUAUCUAUGGACGCGACCCAGUCAUUCAGUCUUUUUGUUCUGUAUCUAUGGACGCGACCCAGUCAUUCAGUCUUUUUGUUCUGUAUCUAUGGACGCGACCCAGUCAUUCAGUCUUUUUGUUCUGUAUCUAUGGACGCGACCCAGUCAUUGUCUUUUUGUUC